AUGGAUGCUUCGGUCGAUGCUUUGAUGAACAGCUGGUGCAUCCGGCUGGAGAGCCUCGGCUCUUUGUCCUUAGGGCAAGCCAUGCAGAUGAAGCAGACGAUCCAGGAUCUGAGCUUCGAGAGCACCCUGUCAGCAAAACUGCUUGCAGUUGUUGAAGCCAAAGUGAUGGCCACGGCCACGGCUGCGACACCGCCGGCAGAAAGUACAUAUACGGCGAAGAAGCGAAAGGAGGAUAGCAAGCCCCAGACCUUGCUGAAACCGGAGAACUUCAUCACGGUGACUGAGUGGUCUAUGCUGCAAGAGGGGCCAGCACCGGCAAGGCUGGAAAUCCUGCUCAGGAGGUAUCUGAUGCUGGGGCUGAGGAACCUCACAGAACAAACGGUUAAGAAAGGCAUGGCCUUCCUCUUGGCACUGGCAGCCGCCGAGCUCAGUCAGAUGCCGACAUAUGAAGAGAUUUACGAAGAGGUCCAAGUCUUCAAGAGAUCUUGGGAAUCCGUGAAAACGGAUGCAGGGCCGACGGAACUCGGCCUGCUCACGUAUCCCGAGGACCCCAGCAGCUUGCCGAAGGCUCUGUUCGACCGAGCCUACAAGCCUGAAGACCCGCCCCUGGGCAAAGACGUGAAGGCUGGGAUCUGGCUAGCUCACAUUCCGAUGCGAUCUACUUCCAAGCUGUUGCAGAAGAACAAGAAGCAGAGGCUGCCGACGGCAGAUGGCAAGGCCGCAAGGUCUGAGCAGCAGGCGGACGAGUUCCAGAGCCGCAUGGACCAGUGCUUCGGGCGACUGGAAAGACUGCUGGACCACGGCUGCGGUCAGGAUGCCAUCCAGGAUGGUGGGCGAAGGCAGCUGCAGCUUGCUGCAGGCGCCAAUGUCUUGCAAAGGAGGACCCCUGGACGGACCUCCAUCACAGGAGGCGAGCUGAGCAGCAGCAGUGCCGGGGUCGGCUUUGCUCUGCAGGGCAACCCAGCCCAGGCGGUUGCGGCUGCCAAGCAGCAGACACAGCAGACCUCGCCAGGGCGAGACUCGGCCUUGCAGCUAGCCCUGCCUCCAGCCGAAGCUGCCGAACCAACGGAGUCGCUCCCUCCCGAGAACGAUCUCGACGACGAAGCUUUGUUCCAGAAGCUCAAAGAUCGCAAAGCUGGGCUUCUCAAGAAGCCGGACGGCUGUAUCCAGAAGAACUAUGCUUCUCGCAUGUACAAGCGAGCCGGAACCUGGGCAAAGCAGCAAGGCUUCUCGGAGCAGCACGUGGUAGAGUGCCAGCGAGAGGCCCACAGAGAGGCCAUUCUGCUGUGGAAGAAGAAGAACGGCUGCUAA